UGCUGGGCUGCGUUGCGAUUGCAGCGGCGGAGCUGUGCCGUGGUCGGGCUCGAGCGCAGCAGCAGCGGGCUCUUAUUCUCAGAGAAGAUGUCAACAGAGUUACCAUUAGACAUCAAUAUCAAAGAACCUCGCUGGGUUCAAAACACAUUUAUUGGACGAGCCAGCCAUUUCUUCACUGUAACGGAUCCCAGGAAUAUUUUGCUAUCCAAUGAACAAUUAGAAAACUCAAGAAAAAUUGUGCAUGAUUACAGGCAGGGUAUCGUGUCCUCUGGACUGACAGAAGAUGAAUUAUGGAGGGCAAAAUAUAUCUAUGAUUCAGCCUUCCAUCCAGAUACUGGUGAAAAGAUGGUUUUGAUUGGCCGAAUGUCUGCUCAGGUGCCUAUGAACAUGACUAUCACUGGCUGCAUGAUGACCUUUUAUAAAACUACCCCAGCUGUGGUCUUCUGGCAGUGGAUUAACCAGUCAUUCAAUGCCAUUGUAAACUAUACCAAUAGGAGUGGAGAUGCUCCAAUAACUGUCAGCCAGCUGGGAACAGCCUAUGUUUCUGCCACCACAGGUGCUGUUGCCACCGCUCUAGGACUUAAUGCUCUAACAAAGCAUGUCUCUCCACUCAUAGGACGUUUUGUUCCUUUUGCUGCUGUAGCUGCUGCUAAUUGCAUAAAUAUCCCAUUAAUGAGGCAAAGGGAAUUAAAGCAUGGUAUUCCCAUUACAGAUGAAAAUGGAAACCGACUGGGUGAAUCCACCAAAGCUGCUAAACAAGCCAUUCUGCAAGUGGUCGUCUCCAGGAUUCUUAUGGCUGCUCCGGGCAUGGCUAUUCCCCCCUUCGUAAUGAAUACUUUGGAAAAGAAGGCAUUUUUAAAGCGGUUCCCAUGGAUGAGUGCCCCCAUUCAAGUGGGAUUAGUUGGGUUUUGUUUGGUGUUUGCAACCCCUUUAUGCUGUGCAUUAUUUCCUCAAAAAAGUUCCAUGUCUGUAACUCGUCUGGAGUCAGAAUUACAAGCCGAGAUCCAGAAGCUCAACCCUGAAUUGGACCGCGUAUAUUUUAACAAAGGAUUAUAA